AUGGGAACCCCUGCAGCUGAGCAGAAGAAGCUGCUUGAGCAGUUAAUGGGUAAAGAGUCCCAUUAUGGACGAAGAAGUGACUCCAAGUACAACAACUAUAGAAAGGACCUCGGAUUACAUGACCCCAGAUUAUGCAAAUCAUACCUAGUAGGAGAGUGCCCUUAUGACCUGUUCCAAGGAACCAAACAAACACUGGGUAGAUGUCCACAGAUCCACUCAGCCAAGUUUAAGUUGCAAUACGAGAAGGAGAAGAAGAGAGGAGUUUCGUUCCCUGACUUUGAUCGAGAGUACUAUGCCAUAUUAGCCAAAUUCGUGAACGAUUGUAACGGUCAAAUUGCAUUAGCAUUGAAGAAGUUGGAGCAUACCCCAGAAGAGAGGGAAAAGAUACGACAAGUGACCACCGAGCUCGACACAGUCGAUUCCAGGAUCGGACUGAUGAUUCAAGAGAUAGAUUCCCUACUAAAAGCCAAUGAAGUAUCACAAGCUAUGGUUCAAAGCAUCAAACUCCAGGCAUUGCAGGAGAAAAGGCAAGAAGUCAGGAAGAAAGUGCGAAAUAUGACUGAAAAUGUUGGUCAAAGUGCGCAACAAAAGUUACAAGUAUGUGAGGUAUGUGGAGCCUACCUCUCACGACUUGACACAGACAGAAGACUAGCUGACCACUUUCUUGGCAAAAUCCACAUGGGUUACGUCAAGAUGAGAGAAGAUUACGAUGUAAUGAAAAAACGCUUGAAAAGAUAA